UGCGCCGACUGGUUGUUCUCGCGCCUCUGAACAAAUCGGUUGCGGACUGUAAUCGGUAAUCGAAUUUCGAAAGCGCGUCGGUUUCUAUUUAACGCGCAAGAACAACAACAACAGCAUAGCUGUCGCGGGUCGGGAUUGCGAGUUUGAUUUAAGCCUGCCUGGGGUUUCGGUUUGCCAGAAUAGAGCCCAAACGGGCUACAGACCCCGGCAGCUGCUUAUUGAGCUAUCAAACGACGGCCGGAGCAGCCGAAUGUGAGGGGAGCUGAGAAAACGGCCAAAAACUAAAGGUGGAUCGGGAACUGCUUGACCAUAAACAACACAACGCAGCGCUGAGGACGAAACCGCAUCCGCCUCUCUAAUGUCUUAUCAGUGGCACGCAUCGUCGACUGCCGUAGGAAGAACCCAACAAAGGCCGACCUCUACCACUCAAUUUGGAUCUGGUGUGCCAUUCUCGCGCUGUCUCGUAAAUUAAUGUCAUAAAUUUUCUUUAAACUCUGUCCGCUAACCGCCCGUUGUCACCGUCCCCAGAUCGGCUCUCCGUCUGUGCGGUCGGGACCCAGAGACGGUUCCUAAUCGAUCUAAUCAUCCUACCUGGCCCGGAGUCAAGUGUUUCAGUGAAUGCUUCGUGCAUGCCCGUGUGUGACCCCAAGUUCCUUAAAAUACCUUGAUGCUGAAUCGAAAGUUAAAUAAAUAAGCGCCAGUAUAAUAGUAUUUAUGUAUGAAUUAAGUAUAGGCAUGCCAAUCGUGCCCAUCUGUAAGACAACGCCGAAGUGAUGCAUCCAUCCCCACACGGUCGUGGAUCAAGCUUCUUACACACAUAUCCUCAGCACGCCAAGUCGGCUCCACAGACCAACCAAUCGCGAUCAGUGUCUAGUGUCCUUUAACACGGCAAGCCGAGGACCACAGGAUUACCUAGGACCAACAUAGCACCACAGCCUUUCAAGGAGGCGCAAGAUUCGCAGAACAAAGCACACAGCCAAAACAACGACAAACAUACCACGCCCGACGGAUAUCAUCCUUGGAAAUAGACCUCGUGUCAUUCCAAAAGGCGCACAUGGGCGUCUGCACCGAGGAGCGCCCUGUGAUGCAUUGGCAGCAGAGCGCAAGAUUUCUUGGGCCCGGCGCAAGGGAGAAAAGUUCAACACCACCUGUAGCACAUCAAGGAAGCAAUCAAUGUGGCAGUGCUACAGGUGCAAAUAACAAUCACUCAUUGUUUCGCGCAUGCUCCUCAUCCUCGUGUCAAGAUAUUUGUGAUCACAGUACAAAGCCAUUUGGCAAUGCAUACGGCACCGAGGCAUUUAGAAGUUAUGAAACAGCCGAUCGCGCCACCUUUGAGGACUCCACGGCCAAGUUUUCGAUCAGCCGCAGCCGCACAGAUUGCACGGAGGUCAGCGACGAGACAACGUCGGGUAUAUCAUUCAAAACUGAACCUUACGGACCGCCCAGCAGUCCUGAGUCUACCAACGAUAGCAAAAUAACGCGCAACCUCGACGACUGCUCCGGCUGUGGGCGGCAAAUACAGGAUCGUUUCUACCUCUCCGCUGUGGAAAAACGCUGGCACGCCAGCUGCUUGCAGUGCUACGCUUGUCGGCAGCCGCUAGAACGGGAAUCCUCAUGCUACUCACGUGACGGCAACAUUUAUUGCAAAAACGAUUAUUAUAGUUUUUUUGGUACUCGCCGCUGCUCCCGCUGCCUGGCUUCUAUCAGCUCCAACGAACUGGUGAUGCGCGCCCGGAACCUGGUUUUUCACGUCAACUGCUUUUGCUGCACCGUCUGCCACUCCCCAUUGACAAAGGGCGACCAGUAUGGCAUAAUCGACGCGCUCAUAUACUGCAGGACCCACUACAGUAUAGCGAGGGAGGGCGACGCCGCCUCGUCCAGCAUGAGCGCCAGCUACCCGUACAGCGCCCAGUUCGGCUCGCCGCACAACGAAUCCUCGAGCCCGCACUCGGACCCUAGUCGGAGCAUUGUUCCUACGGGCAUCUUCGUGCCCGCGUCCCAUGUCAUCACCGGACUCCCACAGCCGGCUCGCCAAAAGGGCAGGCCUCGCAAGCGCAAGCCCAAGGAUAUCGAGGCGUUCACCGCAAACAUAGAUCUCAACACUGAGUACGUGGACUUCGGCCGGGGCUCGCACUUGAGCUCCUCGUCGCGCACCAAGCGAAUGCGCACAUCGUUCAAGCAUCACCAGCUGCGAACCAUGAAGUCCUACUUUGCCAUUAAUCACAACCCUGACGCCAAGGAUCUGAAGCAGUUGUCACAGAAAACAGGUUUACCAAAGAGAGUCCUACAGGUCUGGUUUCAAAAUGCAAGGGCCAAGUGGCGGCGAAUGAUGAUGAAGCAAGAUGGCAGCGGUAUGCUGGAGAAGGGCGACGGCGCCCUGGACCUGGAUAGCAUCUCGGUGCACAGUCCUACGUCGUUUAUGUUGGGCGGCCCGAACAGUACACCGCCCCUCAAUCUGGACUAACGGCUGCUCAGGGAAAGCGGAAACGGGAUGGUAGUGGGAAACGAACAUGGCCCAGCAUUCAACUUCCACGUUAUACGUCCCUUCCGGGUCAAGAUCCGGAACGGAGAACUCUUGAAUAGUCGCAUUGGAUAGGAAUAAAAUCGGGAAACCGCACUCCACUCAAAAAUAAAAUGAUUUGAUGAAUGCAUACGUAUUAUGCCUAGAGAAUGUUGUUUGACAAGCUGCCUGGCUGUUGGAAUUCGCAUAAAUGAUGUAUUUUUGUAGUUGCUUCUUGGCCAUUGCCAGUACCUCACCGUUGGUUCUUGCCUCCCAUGUUGUUUCUAUAGAUCUAUCGUUCACUUGUAAAUAUGUACUAGAUCUUAUGCUUAUAUACUUACGUAGACACACGAUUAUUGUUAAUAUAUUAUUAUUAUUUUAAGCGAUUCAUCAUUAUAUAUGUACAUAAAGUGCGUAUAUCUACUUAUAACGAUAUGCAUAUACGUAUUUAUAUGUAUCUAAUAUUUAUUGCCCAAAAUUAAUAGUUAGAGAUGAAUUUAGUUUAGCGUGAGCAGUCGUAACAAAAUAGCGCAUAUGUACAUGUAUAAUUACGGAAUAAUAAUAGCUUCGCCUACGCCAACAGACAGAGAUUAAAGAGCUAUAAAAACAAAACUGUCAUUAAGUUAUGAAAACGAAUAACCGAAGCACUGAACACAGAGAGAUUUGUACUUACAAAUAGUUUAACCAUAAGUCUUACCAUAGAAGCCAAAUAAAAAUUAUUAAAACAAUAAAACAAUAUUUUUCAGCUUUAAGCUUAA